GAGAAGCUGCGCCAGGAGAACGGCUUGGAUGGCGUAGAGGUCAUGGUGACGGCAGGAGCGAACCAGGCCUACACGAACCUAGUGUGCACUUUGCUCGACUCGCAGGAUGCUGCCGUCUUGUUCAGCCCCUUUUACUUCAACCACCGGAUGGCAUUGCAGAUGACCGGUGGGCACGCCUCUGUAGUGCUUGCGCCAAGCACACAGGACUACCUCCCAGAUGUCGACUGGCUUGAAAAGAGGCUGGCCGAGCCACCGGUCGGCGAACGGAUUCGCAUGGUCACAGUCGUCAACCCUGGCAAUCCAACCGGCAUGAUCCUAUCGAAAGCGAUGCUCGAUCGGUUGUCUGCUCUGUGCAAGAAGCAUGGUGCUUGGCUGGUUAUGGACAACACCUACGAGCAUUUUACGUACGAAGAGGACGGCCACCCCUCCCACAGCUGCGUCAGCGGAGACCACGUGGUGAACGUUUUCUCUUUCAGCAAGGCCUUCGGAAUGAUGGGAUGGCGCGUAGGCUACUUGGCGUUCCCACCCAGCCUUCUGCCGGAACUCAUGAAAGUUCAAGACACAAUCGCGAUAUGCCCGACGGUGGUGUCGCAGAAGGUAGCACUUGCUGCGCUAGGCGCCGGCAGGGAGUGGGUGAAGGAACGCGUCCGCGGCCUGAAAGAAAACAAACGGCUGGUAAUCCAAGCUCUGACAGAAACGCUCGGCCCCGGCAGCGUUGCAGGCGGCUCGGGUGCAAUUUACCUCAUGGCAAGGCUGCCCAAAGGUUUCGAGAACGACACGCGCGUAGUGGAAUGGCUCAGCGAGAAGCAUCGCGUUUGUGCCAUUCCUGGGUCCGCCUGCGGUGCCCCGGGUGAGAUCCGCGUCUGCUACGCAAACUUGGCGCCCGAGAAGUGCGCCGAGGCAGCGAGACGGCUGAAGGCCGGGCUCAGCGAACUCCGUGAGAACGGCCCGACAAUUUUCCAGUGA